AUUAAAGUAAACUGACGCAUGUCAAUACCUUAGUACCUCAGCAAAUGGACUAGGACUAAGGACCACUGAGCUCUACCACGAAGGACGGUGAAAAAUGGAGGAGCUCAAAUUCAGAGGGCGGAAAAGGGAAGGGAGGCACAGGUUAGUUUUAUCCAUCUAGAAUAAUUUAAUUUAGUUCAAGUGAGAAUCAUUUCAAGCAAAACUGUUAGGAUUCACAGGGCCUGAUACUGAAAAUAAUUAGCACUGUAGACAAAACCAGAAAUCAUUCCACAAAUUGAAAACAUUCCACCUAUACUGAAAUCAUACUAAAUAGAAGUAAUAUAACUAUAUCAUGAUACAACUAUACCAUGUACUACGGUAGAUAUAAUUUACCAUUAUUGGGAGGCUAAUGAGAAUGUCGUUUUGAAGAUAUACAAUACAAGGAAGCAAAGUUGAAUUCCUUCCCAAAUGCUCCAUAUCGUGGGCCUCUGUUCUGCACUGAUAAUGCUGGAAUUAGCCUCGUCAGUGUGUGAGAUGUCACUAGAAGCUGUUAUAAUUGAUAUAUUAUUGUACGGAGGGUAUAGCGUGAUAACAAUAUACAAUCAGAUCAAUACUGACAUUGUUAUAUUGAAAGGAAGCCGUUUAAUAGGAAUGAAAACACCACAAGCAUCUUACAAUGUAAUAUUUGUUAAAUGACUACAUACACUAUAUGCUUAGACUAAACGAGCAUGACAGAGGCAUUGCAAUGAAUUCAUGCUUUAGGGUUAAUAAUAGCAUACAAUUAUAGGUAUAAAUAAACUCAUCAAUAGAUUAACAAAUUUAAAUAUAUAAUUGUUAGAUACAACUGCACUGUGGGAGCUACGAACACAAGCAUUUCGCUACACCCGCAAUAACAUCUGCUAAAUAUUGUGACCAAUACAAUUUGAUUUGAUUUUUUUAUUACCGAAUCUGUGGAUUUUUUUGUCAAAUACUAUCCAUCUAAAAGACCAGUGGUUCUCAAUAUUUUUUGGUAACUGUACCCACAAUUAUAUUUUGCUCUGCCUGAAGUAAGGGAGACUGGAGGAAAUUGUAACAGUUUUUCUCUUUUACUCUACGGCUCAGAAAUCACUUGAACUAGGCCAGUCAUGUUUUGAUAUAAGAAACGUACAUAUGUCUCCUAAUCAUUUAUACAAUUUCUAGGUAUGUACAUAAGACGGUCGGAUCACAAUAUCGAUUUUAAUCCGAAAAGUCUGGACGUUACAUUUUUGUUACAAGGUGAGUAGGACGGAGCCAGGCGCAGGAGGUGUGAAUAAAAUAAUAGGGUUUAUUUGGCCAAUACAGCAGUCCACAGCGAUGCGUAAACCAAAUACAGUGCGACUUAAAUGCAUACUGGGAAAACAAAACACACGGGUGAAUAUCCCGGCGAUAAAAGUAACAUAAUGCUCAACACGAGCUAGCGACAACUCCACAUGGAACAAUAACACACAAAGACAUUGGGGAGCAGAGGGAAUAAUUAUACAGAGACUGAUGAGGGGAUAUGAACCAGGUGUGUGUGAAAAACAAGACAAAACAAAUGGAAUGAUGAGAUGAGGAGCGGCAGUGGCUAGAAGGCCGGUGAUGACGAACGCCGAAGCCUGCCCGAACAAGGAGAGGAGGCAGCUUCGGAGGGAGUCGUGACAAUUUUCCCCCGUGGCAGGGGCAAUUCUAACAGUUGCUGGGGUCAAAUGUAACACCCUAAAAAUAAACCAAAUAAAUGUACUUAACUUAAAAAACAUUCAUGUUAAUGAAUCAUCAUAUGUAAUAAUUUUGCUAGAAAUAUUAGUAAUUAUAUGUACUUAACCAAUAAUUACAGUAACACCCAUGUUUGUGCAUGUCCAUUUGGUUCCUCUCAAAACAUCUGAAUAGUCUGAUUGUGUCCAGAUUAUAUCUGUUUACAACUUCUUUGGCACUCUACAGGACCCCAAUGCUAUUUAAAGUUAGUAUUUGUUUAAUUAAUGUAUAAUUCAUACAAUCUUAAAGUUAAAAUCACUUGUUUUCAUCAUUUGGUUGCUUGGCUCAGGGUCAUUUUAACACUGUGUUACAAUUGCCCCCAAACCAGCUGCCAUGACAAAACCUCAUGUGCUUAGCAACAGACAACAAUAGUGACACAUCAUUCAUGUCAAUGUUUAGCCAACAGAUGGUGAUACAAAUUAUGCUAGUUUGAAUUAUUGGGAAUGAAUUCUCAGGGCAGUAAGAAAAAUACUUUCACCCCCCAAAAAAGUGCCCAUAAAACGUGCAAAUAGUGAAAGAUUUGGCUGUGACUUUACAAGCAGGGAGAGAACCUAAAUGGACAUGCACUGUGUAGGUUUCAUCACUCUAGCUUGUUUCUGUUUGGAGAAAUUCAAGGUGUUACAAUGUUAUGGGUCUUCCAACUACCCCCUGUGGAUAGGCCAGUGCCUGGAUACAGCAUUAGCCGUGGUAUAUUGGCCAUAUACCACAAAUCCCAGAGGUGCCUUAUUGCUAUUAUAAAUUGGUUACCAAUGUAAUUAGAGCAGUAAAAAUAAAUGUUUUGUCAUACCCGUGGUAUACGGCUGUCAGCCAAUCAGCAUUCAGGGCUCGAACCACCCAGUUUAUAAUGGAUGUUAUAUGAUGUCACUUGUAACUUACUUCCUUUGACCCAUUGAUGAACUACUAAAGUUAACUACAGGUGUAGGAUCUUAAUUUGAUCACCCUGUUGUUGCAGAAAAUGCACAGCAGGAAACGCUAACUUGUAUUGUAUUCAAGGGUUUAAAAGGCUUCUAAAGUUUGUAAUUCAACAUUUACAAUUUUAAAAUGUUAUAAUGUUAAUUGGGGUCCACACAAUAAUUCACAUUUCCUGUUGCUGCAGGAUUAUUUUCCUGCUGUGAGAAACCACUCAAAUUAAGAUCCUACAUAUGUACCUUCCCAUCACUGGAUAUAACGUAUCUUCAAGUCAGACAUUACAGUAACACUUUAUAAAGGGUUUAUAAAGACCAGAAGUUAUUAUUUUAAGGACGGUUUAUGAAACAGUAAUGAACAGUUUUAACUAACUGUUUGAAAUUGUGUUCGAUACUGUCACAGGGACACCUGGGAUCCUUUCCAGUUGAAUCCCAUUGGUGCUGAGAAAGAGGAAAAGAGAAGAUGCUUUGAGUUGUUCCAGCACCUGGUGGCAGCGUUUGUGGGGAUAAUGGUCCUGUCCAGUGCUGUCAUCAGCAAGGUGAGCCAAAAUGAGGGACCAGCACCUGGUUUUGUCUAGAUGGGAUACAUCUUAUGUCAGAAUUGAUCAGAAUUGACUUUUCGUAGCAGGUUAGGAGAACUUACGCAGCAGGUUAGGAUAAUUAACGUAGCAGGUUAGGAGAAUUAGGUUAAGAUUAGGAAAAGGAUUAGGGUUAGCUAAAAUGCAAAUUUCACAUCCCAUCCAGCAUUGACCCCAGCACCAUGAACCUGUAAACUACUGGCUCAAGCAUAAUACCUCCUGGGAUGUCAUCUUAUAAUCAUAUAUAGCGAUAUCGAAUUCAUACCAUAUCAGAUACAUUCCCACAACUCAGCAUUGAUGAAUAGUAUACAAGGGAAGGGGUAUGCGUUCUUUAUGAGACAGAUCUCAAAUCUGCUCAUUGUAAUUCGUAACAUGUCAUACCAAAUGGGUGAUGGACAUCCACAAAUUAAUUCAUACCAUACGAUACAUAACAUAUCAUACUAAAUGGGGCCUCGGAUUUACGUACAGAAUAAUACGAAAUGCUCUGAGACCAGGUUGAUACCCUAGACACAGUACUCUCCUAUCUGUUUUUUCUCUCUAACACUGCAAACAUUCUCCUCGUGAAGUCAAAACACUAUGAAGGAAUUGUUCACACUCACUAUGUAGAUCAGUGUUUAAAUGAAGGAAUCUUAGAUUCUAUAAUAUUAGGAGUCUGAUGUCAGUUUUGUUUACAUCCAAUCGUCAGGGCUCUCUACUGGUUCUCUCCACACUCUCAAGCCCCACAUCGACUAGGACUCCCAAGGAAAGACAAUACUACAUGCUCAUGCUGGUGUGCUCUUUGGUGGUGCCCAACCUGCUCGUGUUCCUCAAGUCACUGUGGAAAUGCGCUUUCAAGAACUUCGUCCCACCAAACAUGAGAACUAUGGGAAUUGUAAGUUGACGCUGAAAUAUUAUACAAUUUGAUUAUUUGUGAUCUUUGUGUCUUAAUUGCUCCUCAAAUUGCUUGCUUUGACUUCUUGGUGAUCUUUGUGUCUUAAUUGCUGCUCAAAUUGCUUGCUGUCAGUGUUGGGGAAUUAAUUUAUAAUCUAGGUAGUGUUUUCAGUAGUUAUUAUUAAUAUUUUUUACCAUGUAGCGGUGUAGCUAACUACUGGAACUACACACUACUUUUUUCUGCAAAAAGAAAAUAUGGGUGAAGUAGGCAAGAAUUUCCUUUCUUUUUCAGCAUCAGAACCGCCUAAUUCUCACUUGAAACAUCGUGUUUGUGUUAUAUAGGCUAAAUUAAACAUUCUGUUGACAUAUGACCCCAAAGUAAUCUAUUCUUUCAAUUUGUAGUCUAUGACAUUUCAGAUUUACAUAUGAUAAUAUUUCACAAAGUAGUUUGGAUGUAGUGAACUACUUUUUCAAAGUAACUUUAGUUUUUUAAGGGUAUCUUUAGUGUAGCUUAACUUCUUCUAGUGUGAAGUAACUGGUAGCCUGGUAAACUAUAUUUUCAGAGUUGCUUCCCCAACACUGCUUGCUGUCAAUACAAAUGUAAAUCUGUAUCUUUCAGGUGUGUGGGAUUGAAUGCUUGGUGUCUCUUGGGACCUCCAUCCUGGUGCUGGUAGUGAUGCCCCAGUUUGACGUGCUGACCAACCUCUUCAUCUCUGGCGGAGUCUGCAUGCUUUCCUCUGUUCUACAGAUAGCAUUUCGCCUGCAGAGAGAGAACUGGAAGAUCAUCUUCCCUAUUUGUUCUCUUAUGCUUGUUCUGACCGGCUACUGUCUUCUCGGGGCAGACUAUUACGUUCGUGUUACCUCGUUUGUAUCACUUCAGGAAAAUGACUGUUAUUGGUAUGUUGGCAUUGCAGUUUUUUCAUCUUUUCUGGUUUCUCUGACCUGGUGGGAAAACCCAGUGCAGGCGAGCAACAACAUGCAGGAAAUGCUGACUGAGUUGGACACCUUCAGAGAUUUUGUAUUUGUGAUAUCGAGUCUCCUAAGGGUCGUAGUCAUUGCUGCUGUGUACCUCAUCUACCACGCGUUGAUACAGGAAAACAUUGUAUGGUCAGAUUUUGAUUUCACUCCUAAGGCCGAUGAAGAUGAAAGUACAAUUGCGAGGCAUAAAGAGACCCUUGAUAUUGGUCUUACUGUCCUUUUCCUCCAAGCCUUUUUCUCCGCUGCAUGCCAUUGGUUUGGGGUGGUGGCUUGUAAGAUCCACUCCGUGCGAAUGAGCUUCGCCUUCCCUAUCUGUUUUACCGGGCCCGCCGUUCUCAUCCUCGGCAUGAUCCUUUUCCUAACGCAAUCUGAAUACCUAGCUGGGGCCGACACAACUUCUAUCAUAGACUUUUGCUCGAGCCUAGUGGACCUGAGCACCAAGAACACCAGCGCAGUCGUGAUGCUGGAGCUCACCAAGAGCAUCUGCAGGACUUCUUUGAACAGCCAUUACUGGACCUGGCCUUUCUCCCUACUUGCGCUGGAGGGCAUUUGCAUGUGGCUCGGGCUCAUCACAUGCACCUACUACGUGUGGAACUUCAAGGUCCAGAGGAUCGAGCGCACAACUGAGCUGUUUGUACGACGCCUCUACGAGUCUGCCUUCAUCGACCUGUCUCUGCUUCUGAACACCAAGAUGAAGGUUGUGCAAAUGAGGAACCAGGAGAGGCAAGAUUCUGCUAUUUAAUUGAUUAAAAGUUCACGUGGUUUAAGACUUCACAUUGCAACAGUGUAAACAGACAAUUGUUCAGUAAUUGUUGAGUUUUGCCGACAGUGCACUAUAUAAGAAAGAGUCUUGGUGGUAGUGUGCUGAAAUAUACUCACUGACAUUAACUCUGAUCACUGCAUUCAAACAUGAUUAGAAACUGUUCUAUCUCUCCCCAUCCGUCCAAACAUGUUCUCAUACUUUCCCCAUGUCGUUCAUUCUACAGUAGUGUUGUUGACGACAUUGAGAAUUGUGUCAUUUACCUCUGUGCAACAAUGUGGCAUGAGACCUAUGACGAGAUGUUGAAGAUCCUCACAUCCAUGUUCAGGUAUUGUGCUUAUCAAUUUUGCUGGCUGUCUUUGAUAUUGAAAUAUUUCUAGCCCUGAAAGUUAUUUAAUAUCAAUUCAUAACAUUAGUGUGUGUGUGUGUGUGUGAGUGUGUGUGAGUGAGUGUGUGCAGCAGAGACCUCUUGUAUACAACACAAGACAAUGGCCCCGUACACACUUGCACUCAAGUUGUAUAACUCAUGUAGCACUCAACAUAUUUGUCACUGGUUGUGAUAGAGCUUUUCUGCACAAAAAUAAUUACACCGUAAAAUGGUUGUGUAAACAUGUCUGUACAGACAAACUCUCCGUUGAAUCACAAAAAUAUAAGUUAUAUUACAACCUAUUGUAUGACAUCUGUUACCCAUCAGUUGUACAACCUUAGUGUGUACAGGACAAACAGACUUUCACAAAAUACAAUGAAUGAUAAGGAGGUGAUUAUUAUAAUGUUUUGCAUAAAAAUAGGAUUUUCUGUUAUGUCAUGUGUCUUGAUGGUUUCAGGUUGGACCGGUACAGAGGUGAUCCAAAAGAGGAACAUAAAGAUGUUUUUGACUUUGAGUGCCACAUAUUUGUAGAUGAUGCAUACAUGAUAGAAAAGAAUAUGGGCAAAAAGUUAAUCAACGAAUAUGUGACCGAUCUCAUUCAUGUGGUCAUAGAGGUUUACAGGUAAGUGGACAUUUCAUAUUUCUUUGCACUUUACUCCCUAUAAACCCAGACCAAUAGUGUCAAUUAAUGAGCACAAGCAAGCUCUACUUUAAGAUGCAUUCACUAUAAAUGGGCAAUUCUAUUAAUCCAAAGACAACUGUUUCAUAAUGAAUCUUGAAUGUUUGUGUGUUUUAGGGUAUUCACCAAUAAGGAGCCCGAUGAUGUGUCAAUUAUCGAGACUCCCUAUGGUGGCCGAUUAAUGUUUGUGAUGCCAGAAGGAAACAUGCUGUAUUUCCAUUUGAAAGACAAACAGCUGAUCAGAAACAAGAAGAGAUGGUCACAGGUGGGUAGGAUGAUUUUUAAUAUUACUGUAUUCCAUGAUUUCACCACUGUAACCACUGUUAACCUACGUUAUUUAAACAUACUUUAAUGACAUUUCUUAAAGAACGUGAAUAUAUUGUAAUUGCUUUCUUGUUUUAGUAUGGACACACUUGAGGAAAAUGAAAGGUUAUAGGUUUGCAUCUGACAUGUCUUUCAGAUCAUGUACCUCUACUAUCUGCUUGGAUGGAAAGGAUACAGUGUGAAGAAUCCUCAGAAGAUAACGGUAUGUAAUAUAUUGAAUGCUAAUUUCCAUGUUAUUGUCUUUAUCCCUGCAACACAGAUGAUCUGUAAAUAUGAAAAAUCAGUGGUUUCCAUGGUUUCCCUAAAUUAAAGUGUAUGCUUUUUUCCCUCUCUGUCUUCUACAGAGACAGAAUAAUCCUUGCCGUGCCAGUCUCAUAUCAUUGGAUGGGGAGAGUUUCCUGUUGCCACAGCAUGACAAUGACAGUAAGAGAAAACACAUCUCUGAUGACAAUACCUACAUCAUGGCCCUGGAUGGGGACACAGACUUCCAGCCCGCAGCUCUGAUAUUACUGGUGGACCGACUUCGGAAGUACGGCAAUGUGGGUGCUGCAUGCGGAAGAAUCCACCCUACAGGAAUGGGUGAGUAAAGCUGAUUUUAUUUGUAUUUUACCUUUAUUUAACUAGGCAAGUCAGUUAAGAACACAUUCUUAUUUACAAUGACGGCCUACACCGGCCAAACCCGGACGACGCUGGGCCAAUUUUGCGCCGCCCUAUGGGACUCCCAAUCACGGCCGGUUGUGAGUUAGGGGGUCCACUCAGACAUGGCUAUGUCUAGCAUACAGUAUAUUUCAAGUGCAUCUAUCCGUAUCGCAGAAGCAUCGCGAAAAAUCUGCGUUAUAGCUCGCUUGAAAUGUAAAGGCAAUGUUCCCGUGUUUGCGGAGACUGCAUUCACGGUAAACGCUGCAUGUGUCGGCUCAAUCGGAAAUGGAAGUUCACAUUUUAUCGCAGAUCUUCCGUGAUACUUCCACGAUAGUGAGCCCCUAAUCCAAUUCCAACCAUUACUGCUGAGAGAUUAUGUAUAAACAAGUCUUGCUACAUUUCUCCAUCUCCAUCACACAGUAUGACAUGGAGAUGUAGGCUAUCGCUACAGCAUGACUGACAUGUUUCUUGAUUUCUAUUGUAGGUCCAAUGGUGUGGUAUCAGAAAUUUGAGUACGCCGUUGGUCACUGGCUCCAGAAAACAGCUGAGCACGUGUUUGGUUCAGUCCUCUGCAGUCCCGGAUGCUUCAGCUUGUUCAGGGGAUCAGCUCUGAUGGAUGACAAUGUGCUGAAGAGAUACACCACCACUGCAACUAGAGCCUCCGAGUACGUUCAAUAUGAUCAAGGUGACUACUUUCUUGUUCUCCCAUCAACAACACUUGAUUGGCUACUGGAGUAUUAUACUGUACAACCGGAGGUUCAUAGAACGUUUCAUCACAGUUUCUUGAGCUAUUUCUGUUGGCUUCAAAUCGACCAAGGGUGACAUACACAUUUACUUGCUCAUUAAGUGUUCCCUAGAGCAGUCCUAGGACCUGAUAUGUAUAUUGACUUCCUUUAAUAUUCCCUCUUCCCGCUGGCCAGGUGAGGACCGCUGGCUGUGCACCCUGCUCCUUCAGCAGGGCUGGAGAGUGGAGUACAACGCUGCGUCGGACGCCUACACCAACUCCCCUCAGGAGUUCAAAGAGUUCUACAACCAGAGGCGGCGCUGGGGGCCGUCCACUCUGGCCAACACCCUGGACCUCCUGCACAGCGGCAAUGAGACGGUCAAGAGGAACUCUUCUAUCUCCAGACUGUACAUCUUCUACCAGAUAUUUACUGUCAGCUCAUCCAUUCUCGGUCCUGCCUCUGUAUCUCUGAUGAUAGCAGGUACCAUCUCACCCUCGGCUUGUUUUGUUCAUUCUUGUUAAUUGUACGCACCCUUUAUGUCUGUGUGUUGUUAACCAAUUACUCAUUAUAUUAUAUUACCUAGAAUACACAUAUUCCCUUAAGUGAUUUUUUUUAUUAGGGGGUAGAUCAGCUUCAAUAUUGCAGAUAGAAUGUGGCUUCUAUCAAUGAAUUUACAUUUACAUUUUAGUCAUUUAGCAGACGUUCUUAUCCAGAGCGACUUACAGGAGCAAUUAGGGUUAAGUGCCUUACUCAAGGGCACAUCGACAGAUUUUUCACCUAGUCAGCUCGGGGAUUAGAACCAGCGACCUCUCGGUUACUGGCACAACGCUCUUAACCACUAAGCUACCUGCCGCCCCAUCAUUUCCAAUCCCCCAUAUAUACCUGCAUCAUUUCCAAUCCCCCAUAUAUACAGUACCAGUCAAAAGUUUGGACACACCUACUCAUUCAAGGGUUUUUCUUUAUUUUUACAAUUUUCUACAUUGUAGAAAAAUAGCGAAGACAUCAAAACUAUGAAAUAACACAUAUGGAAUCAUGUAGUAACCAAAUAAGUGUUAAACAAAUCAAAAUAUAUUUUAUAUUUGAGAUUCUUCAAAUAGCCACCCUUUGCCUUGAUGACAGCUUUGCACACUCAACCAGCUUCACCUGUAAUGCUUUUCCAACGGUCUUAAAGGAGUUCCCACAUACGCUGAGCACUUGUUGGCUGCUUUUCCUUCACUCUACGGUCCGACUCAUCCCAAACUAUCUCAAUUGGGUUGAGGUCGGGGGAUUGUGGAGGCCAGGUCAUCUGAUGCAGCACUCCAUCACUCUCCUUCCUGGUAAAAUAGCCCUUACACAGCCUGGAGGUGUGUUGGGUCAUUGUCCUGUUGAAAAACAGUCCCACUAAGCCCAAACCAGAUGGGAUGGCGUAUCGCUGCAGAAUGCUGUGGUAGCCAUGCUGGUUAAGUGGAUUCUAAAUAAAUCACAGACAGUGUCACCAGCAAAGCACCCCCACACCAUAACACGUCCUCUUCCAUGCUUUACGGUGAUACACAUGCAGAGUUCAUCCGUUCACCCACACCGCGUCUCACAAAGACACGGCGGUUGGGACCAAAAAUCUCAAAUUUGGACCAAAGGACACACUUCCACCGGUCUAAUGUCUAUUGCUCGUGUUUCUUGGCCGAAGCAAGUCUCUUCUUCUUAUUGGUGUCUUUGCAGUAAUUCGACCAUGAAGGCCUGAUUCACACAGUCCCCUCUGAACAGUUGAUGUUGAGAUGUGUCUGUUAAUUGAACUCUGUGAAGCAUUUAUUUGGGCUGCAAUUUCUGAGGCUGGUAACUCUAAUGAACUUAUCCUCUGCAGCAGAGGUAACUCUGGGUCUUCCAUUCCUGUGGCGGUCCUCAUGAGAGCCAGUUUCAUCCUAGUGCUUGAUGGUUUUUGCGACUGCACUUGAAGAAACUUUCAAAGUUCUUAAAAUGUUCCGUAUUGACUGACCUUCAUGUCUUAAAGUAAUGAUGGACUGUCGUUUCUCUUUGCUUAUUUGAGCUGUUCUUGUCAUAAUAUGGACUUGGUCUUUUACCAAAUAGGGCUAUCUUCUGUAUACCCCCUACCCCUACCUUGUCACAACACAACUGAUUAACUUUUAAGAAGGCACACCUUUUAAUUGAAAUGCAUUCCAGGUAACUACCUCAUGAAGCUGGUUGAGAUAAUGCCAAGAGUGUGCAAAGUUGUCAUCAAGGCAAAGGGUGGUAAGAAUCUCAAAUAUAUAAUAUAUUUUGAUUUGUUUAACACUUUUUUGCUUACUACAUGUGUUAUUUCAUCAUUUGGAUGUCUUCCCUAUUAUUCUAUAAUGUAAAAAAUAGAAAAAAUUAAGAAAAACCCUUGAAUGAGUAGGUGUGUCCAAACUUUUGACUGGUAGUGUGUAUUUUUGUAAAUACUGUAUAUUAAAAAAUAUAUAUAUUUUCCUUCUUUACCCUACCACCCCUCCCCUAAUUGGAGUAAACUAAUGGACAACCAUACUUAGGCUUCUACUCCCAGUUUAUACAUACUAUAUACAUUUUAUGGACACAGUAUAUUUUACAUUAGUUAUAUUUUGUUUGUUUUUAGUCCCAUCCUUCAGCUACCCUCAACCCUUCCCAUCUAUCUCUGAAGACCAUCCAGUUUUGAUUUAUAGCUGCCAUAUAUUUUCCAUUGUGCUGUAUCACAAAAGUUCUGAACCUCUCAUAGUUUCUACAGAUUGUAAAUGAAAAAUAAACAUUUUUGCUAAGAGUAUUAUUAUAUUAUUGAUCGGGUGGUUGUAUCCCCCAUAUACAGUACAUAUAACAUUCUAUUGUCAAGUUAAGUAUUUCGAAUUGUCAGUAAGUUCAAAAGCUCAACGUCAGGCAGAGAGCCAGCUGGGUGAACGAGAUUACGUAUGACUACACAUUUUAUGGCACAGGGCUAAAGGACAAACAGUAUAAAGUAUGCCCACCCAUCAGUUAUAUGACUUUUGCUUUGGUUCAAUAAAACCAUAAAGUCAUGUGGCGAAGAUGAGUUAAGAUGAGGUCAAAUAGUAUUGUUCUUAUAUGCUAGGUUAUAUGCUAGGUUAUAUGCUAGGAUAUACAGAUCUCCAUCCCAGGAAGUAUUCACCCCUUUUUCUGUCUUCCUCUUUAGGUGCUUUCCAGUUUGUGUUCCAAAUUGAAGGAACCCUGUCCAUCAUAAUAUCAGUCAUCCCACCUAUUUUCUACAUGUUCAUUUGUUUUCUGGCUAAACCAAACACCCAGAUCACCAUCGCAGGCAUUAUGAGUGUGUUGUACGCCUUUCUGAUGUUAGCAUCAUUCUUCGCCAUCAUCGGUAAGCUUUGGCAAUGACUUUUCACAUGACCAUUCACUCAACAUACAGUACCAAGUUGUUUAUGCAAAUAUAAAGGUUACCUCUAAUCCUUUAAAGGGUAGAGGCUGGUGAUAAAUGAGAUGUUGUUGCCUGGCCCAUCAGAAUAAUUAUAAUUAUCUUUUGACAUUGUCUGUUAACCUGUCAUCAUCAGUAAUAGGUAGAAUUUGGUCAACUUUCUUUUCAUCCAAACAUGCUGUAUGACAUUGAGCUGCAUUUAGUCUUGCAUGACAGCAUUUGUAACUGAUUUGGUUUUGGGUGCUGAGAUUUGGCUGUAAUUUACCACUACAUCUUACAUCACUACUGUUGAUUGGGUGCCAGGUCAGACUAUUACGAUACACAUUUCAUUUCAUGCGUUCCCCAGGUGACAUGGCUAUGCAGGGCACAUUCAUCACCCCAACUGGCCUCUUCCUGUUGUCCAUGGCUGCCAUGUACCUGGUGACAGCCCUCCUUCACCCCCAGGAGUUCAGCAUGAUCAUCUAUGGUCUGAUGUACUUCAUCUGUAUCCCCAGUGGUUAUCUCUUGCUCACAAUCUACUCCCUGGUGAACAUGCACAUUGUCACAUGGGGCACCAGAGAGACAAACAAGGAGAAAGAAGAGAAGAAGACCCAGAAUGUUCUCUGUGAUCGCAACUGCAAACUUUGCUGUUGGGAUAUGAAACUACAAGUCACCCAAGAGACCGACAACUUGAUGCUCCAGCAACUCCAGCAGGCAGUGAAUCCAAACACACAAGUCACCCAGCAAGUGGUGCAAGAACAGAAGCCCGACACCAAGGAAGAGAAAAACAACGCACUGAAUGAAGAAAAUAAUAAGGAAAUAAGUCCAGAGCUUUUAGAAAGAAGAAGAGCCAAGAAAGACAAAGACUCAGAAUCUGAUACAAGGCAUGUACAAAACAUUUCACAAAGGCCCAAAGGAUCUCUCUCUCAUAUACUGUCUACAACAAACUUCUAUCAAAUGAAGGGCUACUGUACCUGUUGUAACUUUUUAUCCUCUUGUUCACAGCAGUGUUGACAGCGUUCCUAAAAAGGAGAGUGCCUAUUCCAGCAUUGAAGAUGACAACGACGAUAACCAUGACGAUGACGAUGAUAAUAUGGGUUAUGCCGGUUCGGUUUACAGUGGCUUCACCGAGGAAGAAAGAGAAAUUGUACCUCAAAGUGGUAGGUGGAUCAGUACAUGAAAGAUAAUAGCUGUAACCUAUAACAUACAGAAAGUCAGUAUGUAACUACAAGUUGAACUAUAAUCAACAGCACCUCUACACAAUUUGCUUUCAAUAGAUUGGGUUCAGCCUGUCAAGGAAGAGUUCCUGAAGAAAUUGACCUACGCCAACUUGAAAAGGAACCUUCAGGAGCAGAUCCGCUACACACUGAGGAACAAGAACCAGGAGGAUGUGUGUGAGGAGCUGGUGAUGAUGUUGACGGACACGGUGAACGGAGAGCUGAAGGACAAGGUGGGCCCAGAGGACGUGCUGAGCGACAGCCAGCUAGAAGAGCUGCAGUACGCCCUUAACGAGGCUGCCAGGAGGAUCCUGAAAACCAACCGCAUGGAGAGGCUUGAGAGGAGGGUGAAAAGAGCCAUAGAGAAGACCCUCAUUGCCCCACAGGUGGAGAAACUCACUGAGGUAAUGCUUGAGUGAAAACACACCAUUCAUAUUAUAUUUCAUGUUAUAUUGUAUUGCCUGGUGACUUACCAGUGCAGCUCCGGACAUUGUUUUCUCUACAUCUUUGACCUGGGAUGGACUUCAGCAACAAGAUGACUCAGUAAUCUGGAACCAGACCCUUUGAGUGAUAAUCUGAACAACAGACAGUGUUGAGCAACAAUGUGUUCCAAUAAAAUGAGGAAAUAUACCGACCAUGUUUCCCUGUGUAUUUUGUCAGGAUGAACUCGACUUUUGGAAGAAACUGCUCGAGAGAUACCUCGCACCUAUCGUUGACGACAAAGCUCAUAAAGAGCAGGUGACAAAGGAACUGAAGUCACUACGAAACAAGGUGGGCUUUUAUUCUGUUAUUCUACUAUUUAUUUACUACGUUCUACUAAAAACACGGCUCGUAGAAUGAUCAUCUUUCGAUUUUUUGUUGUUUUACAGGCAGUGUUUCUGUAUUUCAUCGUCAACGUUUUGUGGAUAGUGGCCACUUUCUUUUUACAAGCCAUUGGAAAUGAUGUGAUUAGUAUCAAGAUUCAGAAAGUCUGGCCAAAUGGCACAUCAUCAGGAGAAUACCUGAAGGUGGAGCCUCUCAGUCUGAUGUUCCUCUUGUCAUUCGCUGUGCUUCUCGUGGUGCAGUUCCUGGCUAUGCUUUACCACAGGUGGGCAAACAUUUCUCAUUUCUCAAACACAGUAUGAUAUAUCUACAUAACACCACCAUUCCAAACAUGCCUAAGAGGACAGAAAUGUCAAAAUAAAAGACAGAAAGAUGAAUAGAAUAAAGAUUACAAUCUCAUGCUGUGCGCAUUAUUACAGCUCAAUGCAAGCUACAGCUCAGUUAUCUUGUGAUGAGUCUUGAUGAAAUCAAACUAAAAGUACACUGUGCUAUGUUUCUCUUUUCAGAGUUUAUACUCUUAUCCACGUGGUGUCGUACAGAAGCACAGAAAAAGACUACAUUCCCAGAGAAGAGGUGAGUGACCUCUGCUAAUCCAAAACAACAAGGAGGAUAAAGUAUACCUGAUCGUCAUCUACUUUAGUAGAUUAUGAAUCAUUUGAGUAAUUAUAAGAUAUACUGUAUAUCUAACAGGUUAAUAAAUGAUUUACUAGACCUCGUAUGAAAAACAAUUAUUGUGAAGACCUAAAAUGCUUGUCGUUGAUCAUUUUUAUUUCUCUCCAUUGCUUGUGCAGGAGGACGAGGAGGGGAUUAUUCUUGAGAACCAGAUAGCCAACGGCCUUGUGAUCACCAGUGAUGACUUGUGAAACUGGCUUUUUUGGGGGCGUGGUGUUACUGAGUGUUCCAUGAAACAGAAUAGUGGCUUUGUGAAGUGUAUUGCACCUUUAUGUCUGAACAUAAUUCAGAUAUACCUAGCAGGGAAAGCUUAUGAUACUGCAGCAUGUUACUACUAGCAUUAAAGUACUUAUCCAAUGCCUCAGUUUUCUAUAAAAAAAAUCAACGGUAUCAAUAUUGAAUAACAUUGAGUCAUAAUAAGAUAUAAAUAUUGUAAUUCAGCCUGAUUGGAUGUACUUUCUGAGAAACAGCCGAUAUUAUGAUCAAUUAAUACAUAACAAAAUCAUUAAACAUAUCCAGAGAAAUAUACAUACACAGAUACAUACUUCUACUACCACACGAGCCUCCAUUUUUCAAGGGGAAAUUACCCUUUCUAAAUAUAUGGCUGUGAACCUAUCCAACUGAAGAAAAGGUGGGUCUUGCAAUCUUUCACAGACGGACAAUGUAACACAUAUUGUGAACAUGAAGUCAAUGUACUAGUAUUU